CCCUCAUUCAUCCAUUUCAUCACUCCCAUUCAUUCUCAUAAUUCAUCCCCCUGUCCUGAUAUCCUAGAGCCACGCUUCCAUGCCCCCGCCUCUGUGUGUGCCCUCUUCGCUUCAUACAUGUACAUCUCACUAUGGCAUCCACACGCUAUCUCACGACUAUCCCAACCACGCAGCCCACUUGCGGGCCCCUUACACUCGACAAUCCCUCGCCACAGUGCAAUGGUAGUAGCAGCUCCAGCAGCAAUGACACAGGGGCUAUGGGGUGCUUUGUUCAGUCCACAGGUCUCUAUUGUGCUCCCCUUUCAACAACCCGAGGAUUUCUGUACACCCUUGACCCUAGCAACGCCAGUAACGGAUAUUCAGGGACCACCUCCGUACACAUCAAUCUGAUUCCCCGGAUGUCUAUUGCUACUACCACAAACAACAGCACCAACGGAAACAAUAAUUCCACGAACCCUCCCUUGGGGGUUGAUGGCCAACCUGUUCUCCUCCAGGACCUCGCCGAUCUAGGCCAAACAUGCGUCGGGAUCCCUGUACCACCGCAGACAGACCCCAUUUGGACCUUCUUGGUGACCAUGGCGAACAAACGCCUGAACGAAACUGUUGGGAGUCCAGGAUUAGGCGCUGGACCGGAUGUGUUGUCCCUACGUGGGGACUGUGAGGCAGGCGCUUACUGUGAUUUCUCACAAUCAUCAAUGCAGGAACCCACUCAGCGACGAGGAAUCUGUAAAGAGCAGCUGCCUAACUAUCAUUCAUGUAGCUCGUACUUCGAAUGCAUCUCACUACACUGCGACAAUCUGGAAAGCGAGUCAUCAAAAUCCGCCGGAGGGCUUGCAUCACAUCGAAAACGGCGGUAUCCUGAGUACGCAGUCCGUUCGAGCAAGAGACGCGUUGGUGCCGUCUGUUUGCCACCAAAAUCAGGUAUGGGCGAAGAAUUCGUGAGUGGCCACGGAAACAGAGGGCAAACAGAAGGGACGGACGGCAUAUCCUCGUUUCCAAUGUGGGCCGUUGCGCUUAUAGUGCUUGCCGUUGUUGGAGGAGCAGUGCUCAUGUUUGUGCUGGUAAGGCGGAGGAGACGGCAUCUAGAUGGGACAGGAGCAGGAGCAGGAGCAGGAACAAGAGCAGGGGAGCUUCCUUACCAGACCAAGCCAAAGAUGGAACGGAUGCGGGAACGGGAGCGCGAGCGUACACUGAGCAGCACUCAACCCCGCCAGUCUUCACCAGUAUUCACUCGGGCGAGUGGCAGUGGCAGUAGUCGUGAAAGGAUCGUCCUUCCCAAGGUUACGACAACAUUUUUAGAUCACUCGGCUCCAGGGCUUUCCUCUCCCAGUUCGAGCAAACAUUUAUCCUUGUCUUCAUCAAUUGCGUCUUCAGCGCCUCGAUCGCAGUCGUCUGCCCCAUCAACGUUUUCAUACAACUCGGUCCUCUCGUCCCCAUCAUCAUUCCCGACACUGGAACGGUUUCAAGAUGGCGAACUGCCUUCGCGUCUGCCUAGGGCACCGAGUGUCGGUGGCCAGUCUACACUAUCACCGACUGCCUUGACAACAUCGCCUCCACAGCUCUUAACGAGAACUAGUACUAGAAGCAGCACUUUGAUCCCACCGCCCGUUUCGCCUCUUUCUCCCACGAUUCCAGUCUCUCCCAUUUCGCCCAUCUCCCCACCGCCGCCUUAUUCUGGAACAAGCCCUGGUGGCUCGUCCAGGCUGUCGAGCAGGAAUAGCUAUCAAGUUGGGAGCGCGUCUUACAAAAGACCGUAGCCUAUUGAUGCCUGUACAUAGUCUACUUUCAUAUCAUUCACUUUUACACGCAUGCUUAUUGUACUAUAGCU